GAGCUUGCAGCGAGGAGUGGCAUUUCUAAUAGAGAGAAAAACAAGAAUUGAAACGAAAGGAAGCAAAGCGCUAAUGCAGGGUUUGAAAUCAGCAGCGGCUCUAUUGAUUAGAAGCUGCUGUAACAAUAAUAAAUCUAAGCUUUCCCAUAGCUUUCUCACACAUUGCCCGCAGCACAGCAGAAGCCUCUCUUCUUCUCCUCCAACUGAAGAUGAUCUUGAUAACCAAGUACUCGUUGAAGACAAAGCUAAUUCAAGAAGUGCCAUUCUUAAUAGACCUUCAGCUCUUAAUGCUCUUAAUACUAAUAUGGGUGCUAGAUUGUUAAAAUUGUAUAAAGCUUGGGAGAAAGACUCAAGUGUUGGGUUUGUUACAUUAAAGGGCAGUGGCAGGGCAUUUUCUGCUGGUGGAGAUAUUGUUAAUCUCUAUCACCUAAUAAACCAGGGGAAAUGGGAAGCGUGUAGGGAAUUUUUUGGGACUUUAUAUACAUUCAUAUACGUACUAGGUACAUAUUUGAAGCCACAUGUGGCUAUUUUGAAUGGCAUUACCAUGGGUGGUGGGACUGGAAUUUCAAUCCCUGGAACAUUUCGACUUGCAACAGACAAAACUGUUUUCGCCACACCUGAAACUCUGAUUGGAUUCCACCCUGAUGCUGGAGCAUCCUUCUUCCUCUCACAUCUACCUGGUCACUUAGGUGAGUACUUGGCUUUAACCGGAGGAACGCUUAAUGGAGCAGAAAUGAUUGCUUGUGGCUUAGCUACACACUACACGAAUAGCGAAAAACUUCAUUUAGUUGAACAUCAUCUUGGAAAACUGGUCACUGAUGAUCCUUCUGUCAUUGAAACUUCUUUAGAACAAUAUGGUGACCUUGUCUAUCCAGAUAAGAUGAGUGUACUUCACAGGAUUGAAAUGGUCGAUAAAUGUUUCAGCCAUGACACAGUUGAAGAAAUCUUUGAUGCUCUGGAAAGGGAAGCUGCUGAAACAAACGAUGCAUGGUUCAAUUCCACUCUAAGAAGACUUAAAGAAGCGUCACCAUUGAGCUUGAAGGUUUCCUUGAGAUCUAUACAAGAAGGUAGAUUUCAGACACUUGAUCAGUGCUUGGUCCGUGAAUAUCGAAUGAGCCUACAAGGAAUAUCCAAGCAAAUCUCUGGUGAUUUUUGUGAGGGGGUUCGGGCACGAAUGGUGGACAAGGACUUGGCACCAAAGUGGAAUCCUCCAAGCUUGGAACAAGUGUCUGAGGACAUGGUGGACCGCUAUUUCUCUCCUCUUAGUGAAUCCGAACCGGAUCUAGACCUUCCAACAAAACAACGGGAAGCUUUUACAUAGUUACCACACAAAGGGAAUUUUUUUGUUAGACUUUUUAUGUUUUGAAAGAUGAGGAAAGGCAGAUGAAAUAUAGGCCUUUUACUGUCUCAGAUUAUUGUAAGAACAUAUGAUAGAUUCAUGUAUUCUGGGACUGAGUAGCUUCCAAAAUAAGUUCAAAUAACCUUUAUUAGCCCAUCAUUUGGUAACGUUAUUAGAGCUGUGAAUGGUGUUAAAGCUUAUUGAUUUCAAUUUUAUCCUAUAAAGUUCGCUCAAGCACAGCAUGUGGUUGGAGCUUUCGUCA